AAAACGUCAGUUUCGCUGCAGACUUACACUGGUUAGGUGCUGUACUGCUCUUGUAAGUUUUUUCAACCGUUCGAAUUAUAGUUCGCGAAGUGUUUGAAUUUCGAUUGGUUUUUUAAACAUGAUAUCCGCAACCGUUGUACUGUUGGCAUGCACUGUGACAAUCGUCACCUGUGUCGGCAACUUACAGACCAUAAACGAAUGGACAUUGCUACAGUACGAUGUGCCAUUUAAUUACCCCAAUGCCGACUCGUACAAGCCCGAAGUCACGAUAUCCACCGGAAUUGAAAUUGGUUGGGAUAGAAUAUUCAUUACGACCCCGAGACUGUUCAACGGCAAUCCGGCCACGCUGGCGUGGGUGCCACGCAACCGAGCUGGCGUGAAUUACGAUACCCAUAAAUCGCCGUUGUUACAGGCUUAUCCUAAUUGGGAAUGGCACAGCGAAGCGUCCAGCGGUGAUCUGCUGACGUCGCGGACGCCCAACUGUUCCAGCCUGGUAUCCGUGUUUCGGGUCAGGGCAGAUAGGUGUAACAGGCUGUGGGUGCUGGACAGUGGAGUUAUGGACAGCAUAGAGACAUUCAAGACGGUUUGCCCACCCAAGUUGUUAGUGUUCGAUAUGAGAACCGACCAAGUGGUGAGAAGUGUGACACUACCUGCUGAAAUAUUGAGGCCCAACACUCUUUUGACAAAUUUGGUGAUCGAUGAUCAGGUUGAAGUGUCUCAUUUGCAAGACGGAUUUCUCGGAGACUGUGAUAAUGUGUUUGUGUACAUGACCGACAGCACAAACCCAGGUAUUCUGGUGUACGACGCCCGACGAGACACAGCGUGGAGACUCUCGCAUCCGUACAUGUUCCCGGAUCCAGACUUCGGAACCUUCUCGGUAGCCGGUGAAUCUUUCACCCUGAUGGAUGGCGUCAUCGGCCUAGCUUUAUCGCCUUACGGAUCCGUAGGUCGCCGUUUAUACUUCCAGCCGUUCGCUUCCGAUCGUCUGUUCUCCAUACCUACAUCUGCACUUAAGGCUGGACCAAAUUUGGGCGAUGAUGCCGAUCUUCCCGUAUCACUGGUGGGUCACAAGUCUUCACAAGCUGCUCCGUUAGCUGUUGAUCCUAAGGAUGGAGCUCUCAUAUUCAGUCCGGUGUCCGAAACGGCCUUGGCCACCUGGAUUCCGGGAUCCGUGGAACACGGUGUGUUGGCAUACAGCCCAGAGGAACUACAGUUCGUAUUGGAUAUCAGAUCGGCCGAUCGCGACCAAGGUGCCAUUUGGGUGGUAUCGACGCGGUUACAACGAUACUUCAAAAAGACUUUGGACAAAAGGGAAGUGAACAUCCGUAUCAUGAGGAUACUCAGGGUUCCAGAGUUCUUACCUUACGCAUUCAAUAACAAUAACUCUCUGCUGCUAUUCAAAUGAUCAGCUGUUAUUAUACUUGACAUUGCACCUAAUCAAUAAUAAUUUAUUUCUUAACCAUGUUGUAUCUACCUAUAAUAAUUACAUGAUAGAUACCAAACAUUGUAACAUUUAUACCAGAUGAUAUACGAUACGCAAAGUGUUAGGUAUAAUAAUGAUGAUGCCAUUUUAUUUAGGGUUGUGCUACGUUCAUAUUAUAUAGUAAUAUAAAAUAUUAACGAAGCUGCAACAUUUAGUUUAAUAUAAUUCCAUUGUGUAAAUACUAUUAUUAAUUAAUUACGAUUGAAAUAAUUCCAGUCGGAUCCAGUCUAAAAUCCCUUCAGAUGAUAACAAAAUAAGAUAAUAUGUUAAUGCGAUUCGAUAACUUUAUAGGUUGUAUUAUUAUUUAUUGACUUUUGUUGAAUAUGCCCGAUUUUCAAUGUAUACAUUUAAUCAAACGGACGUAUUUUUAAUUAUUAUAAUUUUUGACAGAAAUGCCAUAUAGAUAUAUUAUUUUUGAACCGAACUGCUCAAAGCUUUAUAUUUAUCCAAAAAUAUAGAUUAUCAACUGAUGCCAAAAAUAGUAUUUGAAAAAUAUUAUACAAUAAAAUACGAUUUCAACGCAUAAUAGAGUAUGCUAUUCUAUUUUGGUAAACUAUUAUUGUUGUCACAUCUUAAGAGACCAAACAAAAAUGUAAUCACUUAAGACGUAACUAUACGUUGAUGUUACCGAUGUAGUACUAAAAUACUCUGUUUAUUAUCAUUUAAGUAUUUUAUUAUUGAUCAAAAUGUAUUAUUUAACAAUAUAAUUUUAAGAAUAUUGUAAUUUAAGUAACGUCUGUUAUUGGUUAAUCCAAGAAUACAAUUAUUACAAUUA